UUUAUUAAUUUCAGUAUUGUGUUUGCCUGCUAGUUAUAAGUCUCGGUUAUACAGAUCACUAUUAAUACGAUUAAAUGCUAGUGUGUUAAUAGUCAAAACAUUCAUUAAAGCAAAACUAAAAGUUCUAAGCAAACUAAUAUACCGUGUGCCAGUAUGCAGGUGCAACUGAUGGAUUGUCAACAUCUUGAAUAAUAACCGUAGGUAUAGAUUUUAGACUUUCAGUGCUGGAGCUCAUAGUGAACAUCGAGAAAUAAUAAGCAGGAUUUAGGCAAAAUGAACAGUAUAAAACCAUCUGAUUUUGACGUCUUCCAAUGACAUCAAUCUGACUCAUUUCCACAAUCAAAACAAGUUUAUUAUUUUAGAAAUUGUUCCAGAGGAUAUAUUGAAUUUAUUAAUCGCAGCAUGUCUAUAACGCAAGAGAAUCGCCCUGAACUUUACGAGGAAGUGAAGCUAUAUCACAAUUCAAGGGAGAGAGAAAAGUAUGAUAAUUUAGCUGAUUUAUACGCCGUAAUAAACACAUUACAGCAACUUGAAAAAGCAUACAUAAGAGACUGUGUCACUCCAAAAGAAUAUACUGGAGCUUGUAGUAAAUUGCUAGUACAAUACAAAGCAGCUUUUCGACAAGUUAAAGGAGACGAGUUUCCUAAUAUUGAUACUUUUGUGAAGAAAUACAGGCUUGAUUGUCCAGCCGCAUUGGAACGAAUAAAGGAAGACAGACCGAUUACAAUUAAAGAUGACAAAGGAAAUACCAGUAAAUGUAUUGCGGAUAUUGUCUCGCUUUUUAUAACUAUAAUGGACAAACUGAGAUUAGAUAUAAGAGCUAUGGACGAUUUGCAUCCAGAACUAAGAGACUUGGUGGACACAAUGAACAGACUGAGCAUUCUUCCUUCGGAUUUUGAAGGAAAACAAAAAGUGGGUGAAUGGCUGGCCACGCUAAAUUCAAUGCAGGCUUCAGAUGAGUUGUCUGAGUCCCAAGUUAGGCAGUUGCUGUUUGAUUUGGAAAGUUCUUAUGCAGCAUUUAAUAAGGUUUUGCAUAAUGCUUCUUAAAUUCCUGUUUUUUGUAUUUUCUUUAUUUGUAAAAGCACAUAAUAUGUUAUACCUUAUAUAAUAAUAAUAAUAUAGAUUAUUUUAUUUUAUUGUACUAUAAUUUUACAUUUAACUGGUAGGUAACAAGAAAAAAAAACAAAUUUAUAUAAAAUUAUUUAUUAAAUAAGUUUUGAUUAUUUUUCUUAAAUAAAAUAUUAAAUUAGUAUGAAAUGUGAUGUGUAUUUACAAUUAUUGCUUUGGGAUAUUUUGUAUAAAUACUGAGUUACAUAUAUCAAAUAAUGUAUUUAUAUAAAAUAUCAUUGCAAACAUACAGGAGAAGAAGGCAUCAGUAUAAAUAAAUAUUUUACUAAUUCUCCUUGUAUGUAAGCGGUGUUCAGACUUUUCCGUUUUGCACUGUAUUAUAUCUAAUAUAACAUCUUACAA